AUGGAGGGGAUUAGUGUCAAAAGUGCUAAAAAGACCAGGGGCGGAGAGCUCAUUCUUGAAGUAGCAGGAAAAGAAGAGGCCGAAAGCCUGAAGAAGACUAUCGUGGCCCUUACGGAGGGAAACAUGGUAGAAGACGUCCGGGGUUAUCAGGUUCAGGAGGACAUAUUUGACAUAGACGGAGAUGCCCCAAAGGAAGAAAUUCUGAGGCAUAUCCGGCGAUAUACCGGCAGUAGGGGGCCUAAUGACGUCAACUCGUCUCUAGAGAUAGAUAGACAAAAAAUAGAGACGCGAACACAAACGUCACGAUCGGACUGA